GCCGCUGUCCCUGUCUGUACCGCAGUGUCUGCUCCGCCCGCCAGCCCGCCCCGGCCCGGCUCGGCCCAGCCCGCCCUCUCCUCUCCCCUUCCCCUCUCCCCAGCCCCAAAAGCGGGGGCCUGGAGUCCAUACUGCCGCCGCCUUUUCCUUUUUCGCCGCCUCCAUUGCCGCUUUAGGAGACGGUCCGAGCCGGGAGUUCCGCCGCCACCGCCAGGAUGGACAGAAUGACAGAAGAUGCCCUUCGCCUGAAUCUGCUAAAGCGAAGCUUGGACCAGGCAGAUGAGCGUGAUGAUGUCCUGGCAAAGAGACUCAAGAUGGAAGGACAUGAGGCCAUGGAACGAUUAAAAAUGUUGGCACUACUCAAAAGGAAGGACCUGGCAGGCAUUGAGAUGCCUCAUGAGUUACCUACCAAACAGGAUGGUGGUGGUGGUGGUGGUGGCGGCAAGGGCUAUGAGGAGAAACUUAAUGGGAACCUGAGGCCGCAUGGGGAUAACAGGACUGCUGGACGGCCAGGCAAGGAGAACAUCAAUGAUGAGCCUGUGGACAUGAGUGCUAGGAGAAGUGAGCCAGACCGGGGACGGCUGACUCCCUCUCCUGACAUCAUUGUCCUUUCUGACAAUGAGGCCUCCAGUCCUCGAUCCAGUUCUCGAAUGGAAGAGAGACUGAAAGCAGCCAACUUGGAGAUGUUUAAGGGGAAAGGUAUUGAGGAGCGGCAGCAGCUUAUUAAGCAGCUAAGGGAUGAGCUACGUCUAGAGGAAGCCAGACUGGUACUGUUGAAGAAACUAAGGCAGAGUCAGCUACAAAAGGAGAAUGUGGUUCAGAAGACCCCAGUUGUGCAAAAUGCAGCAUCAAUUGUCCAGCCAUCUCCUGCCCAUGUAGGACAGCAGGGCCUGUCCAAGCUCCCUUCCAGGCCUGGUGCUCAGGGAGUGGAGCCCCAAAACCUGAGAACAUUGCAGGGUCACAGUGUCAUCCGCUCAGCCACCAACACAACCCUUCCACACAUGCUGAUGUCACAGCGAGUUAUUGCACCAAACCCUGCCCAACUGCAGGGCCAGCGAGGGCCACCUAAACCUGGCCUCGUACGCACCACCACACCCAACAUGAACCCCGCCAUCAAUUACCAGCCGCAGUCAAGUUCUUCUGUCCCUUGUCAGCGCACAACAUCUUCUGCCAUCUAUAUGAACCUUGCCUCUCAUAUCCAGCCGGGGACCGUUAACAGGGUGUCUUCACCACUCCCCAGCCCCAGCGCCAUGACUGAUGCAGCCAAUUCACAGGCAGCAGCUAAAUUGGCCCUUCGUAAGCAGCUGGAAAAGACACUGCUGGAGAUCCCACCCCCUAAGCCUCCUGCUCCUCUGCUCCACUUCCUGCCCAGUGCAGCCAACAGCGAGUUCAUCUACAUGGUGGGCUUGGAGGAGGUGGUACAGAGUGUCAUUGACAGCCAAGGCAAAGGUUGUGCCUCACUUCUUCGGGUGGAGCCCUUUGUAUGUGCUCAGUGCCGCACAGACUUUACCCCACACUGGAAGCAAGAGAAGAAUGGCAAGAUUCUGUGUGAACAGUGCAUGACCUCCAACCAGAAGAAGGCCCUAAAAGCUGAGCAUACUAACCGGUUGAAGAAUGCCUUUGUCAAAGCCCUACAGCAGGAACAGGAAAUUGAACAGCGACUACAGCAGCAGGCAGCCCUUUCCCCUACUACGGCUCCAGCUGUGUCCAGUGUCAGUAAGCAAGAGACCAUCAUGAGACAUCAUACGCUCCGGCAGGCUCCACAGCCCCAGAGCACUCUUCAGCGUGGCAUCCCUACAUCUGCCCGCUCCAUGCUUUCCAAUUUUGCACAGGCACCCCAGCUGUCUGUGGCAGGAGGCCUCCUUGGCAUGCCAGGUGUCAAUAUUGCUUACUUGAACACUGGCAUCGGGGGACACAAAGCACCCAGCCUGGCAGACCGACAGCGGGAGUACCUUUUAGACAUGAUCCCUCCCCGGUCUAUAUCGCAGUCCAUCAGUGGACAGAAAUAACGCCUAUUCCAUCUGCCCUGCCCCAACCCUGAACCCUCUGUUCCCUCCCUUUCUCCCUUUGCCCCCAACUUCCGUCGCAUGCAGUGCCUGUACUGGUGCCUACCAUACACGGAAAACAAAACAAAACAAAAAACAGAAGACAAAAAAAAAAGAAACCAACGAGAAAACACAUACUCAUGUCCUUCCCUGCCACCUCCCCUCUUUCACACUGCAGCGAUCUGUUCCUCUGCCGCUCUUUUCUUCUCUCUUCAGUUUUCUAUGAUAGUGAGAGGUGGAUCUGCACCCCACUAGAGGUCAGAGUGAGGUCCCAGGGAGAAUCUGUGCCCUCUGACAUAUGUUUUGAAGCUUGUUUUUAUGCUAUAAUUAUUAUUAUUUUUAAUGAUGUCUUGUGUCCUCCCUUUUUGUUCAAUGGACGGUUAAACUCUUUUCUUUCCCUUUUUUUUUUCUUUCUAUUUUGAACAAAGAUAUCCACUUGAGUGA